AUGAUGAUAACAAGGAUUGCAACGUCUUUGAUGGGGAAGAGCCAGAUUAGGCAGCAUUUUCGGCCUCAGUUGUUGGCAAAGAAACAGAACUUGUAUGCUCAUGUAGCAGCUUGCCGAUUUAUAUCUGCUCAUCAUAUUACAAAGAACAUUGAGCUCAUCUCGCAAGACAAUCAAGUGAAAAUUAAUAAUAACGUUGUUCAGAAUCUGAAUAGUCCACAAGAUCGCCCACUUUUAGUUUUAUUGUGCUGGAUGAUGUCAAAGCGUAAACAUAUGAUGAAAUAUGCCAGCUUUUACAUGGAGCAAGGAUUCGAUGUUGUUAUGGUUUCUAUUAGUCCAUGGCAACUCAUAUGGCCUGUUAAAGGUUCUCGUUUGGUUGCACUGGACUUGCUUAAAUUUUUGGAACAAAAUAAGGGAUAUGAACAAAUAUUACUCCAUGGAUUCUCUGUGGGUGGUUAUAUGUGGGGAGAAGUCUUAGACUUUAUACACAUGGAUCGAAAAAAGUAUGACAAUGUGAUAGAUCGUAUUGUUGGACACAUAUGGGAUAGUGCAGUUGAUGUGGCUGAACUUCAAAUUGGAGUGGGUCGGGCUGUUUUUCCUAACAAUGUUAUGUUACAGACAGCUUUGCAAAAAUAUUUAGAUUACCAUAUGAAAACCUUUUAUAAGCAAGCAACACAAUAUUACAUCCGAUCCAGCCAGCUUUACCACACAAAUCUUGUUCGUAGUCCAGCUCUGUUUUUGGUCAGUAAAACAGAUCCAGUUGGAACAGUGGAGAGCAACAUGAGAGUACGAAACUCUUGGGAUUCAUUGGGCGUGGAAACUUAUGUAAAGAUAUUCGAAGGGUCUUCCCACGUUGGCCACUUCCAAAAACAUCCCAAAGAAUAUAUUGCCGAACUAUACAAAUUCCUCGAUAGGCUACACUUAAUACAGGAUGAGGAAAAAGUCCGAGCUCGUCUCUGAAAUAACUGUAUUUAUUUUCGAUUUUCGAAAAUUUUCAUAUAUCUGCUGAAAGUAUCUUAAAAACCAAAAAAGUGAGAUUCUUUUUAUUUUACAAUGCAAGUUAUUGUCAUAUUGCCAAUAAAUUUAGAUACUAACUCUCUAGCAAUUGUCGAGUUAAAAAUAUCAAGUUUAAUAAUCUAAAAUCAUUUUAGUAUAUAAAUCGAAGCAUAAAUAAUUUUUCUAACACGAACUUCAGUUUUAUCAUGUUAUUCCUAAUUUGACGAAUGUACUCUUUAUAUAUCUUCUAUACGCAUUUAUAAGAUAUACCAAUACAGUAGAUAUAUUGGUUAACGAUACAGCCAAAUGCAUAAUGUUUUUAUUCUGUCAUACAUAGUUAAUAUUAGUCACCAUUAAAAUUCUACAAGCGGAAUGAGACCUUUUCAAAUAACUGUUUUUCAUACUAGAAAUUUAUUUGUUAGGUUACGUUGAUGUAUCACAAGUGCCUAAUCAUGGAUAAUUAUGACAUCUGCUAGCGAAAGUCUUUUAGGGAAAAAAAUUAUUAUUAGUAUAAUUGUGUCAGUGACUGUGACUUUAGAGUUUAUACCUUGCAUUACUUUUAAUACGAAUUAAAAAGUACCUAGGAAAUAAUAUAUUUUGAUAUUAAAUAUCUAAGAAAUUUUCUAUAAUAUGAUCACUACGUUGGAUACACUAUAAUGUGACUUUAAUAUUAAUUUUUUCAAUGGACUCUGUGUUAUUGUAAUUUAAAAAAAAAUUGAUUUAUUGUUUGGUAUCUAUGGGUACGCUAACGAAUAAUAAUUUAUAUGAUACUGCAAUGUGAUUUUCGUUCUACGAAAUAAAAAAAGUAUGGACAAA